CGCGUAGUAAGGUUGUGCGAGAGAUUAUGCGCUUCUUUUACCGGGUCGCAAUUCAAGAUAUUUACUGGGUACUGAACACGACAUUUCAUGAUUUUCCUAAAUUUACAGGGUGUUGGAGUCCUUCAAAAAUCAUUUAUUGCUACGUGCUUGUUAAAAGAGAUUAAAGAUUGUUGGCGUGAAUGAAGUAAACUGCUUAAAAUCAUCACUCGAGGUCGCAACGUGAGUCAACUGACAGCUUGAGAUAUCCAACUUCAACUCGGAUGCCUGGAAUUCAAUCUCAGAUUCCACUCAAAAUUUUUAGUACAAAUCUUCUCGCCUUCUUAACUACGGGUGACCAAUGAAAGUGAUAAUCUAACCUGAUAAUAUAUUUUAUCCUCUGCGGAAUUUACGGGAAAAUAUCGAGAGAUGCAUUUCUAAUUUCUGAACCCAUCUUGUGUAUGCUUGAAUAUGAGCUCGCUGACUUUCUACUCGAGCAGAAGCUCAAGCGGCUGCCUUGCUCCCUCACGAACAUCGUUCAUGAGUCCCCCGAACUCAUGCCACGUGCCACGACCAACGCUCAGCAAUGCUCCGUUAUAUCACAACUUCUCAUCAAGACCGGAAGGCAGUAAGCGGAUCCUGCAUUUGGAGAGAGGGCGUCGUAAUUUUCUGAGAGAUUCCACAAGGAGGAAAAAAUCUUCCUCCUUUCCGCGAACUUCCCUGGCGCCUGUGAGUGAGGAAGGUGUUACUAACGCAGCCUUCUCUGGAGGACCGGAGAGGGUAAUUGUUAAAGCUAAAAUUGUCGAACCCUUUCGCGUCAAGAGGUUCAGCGAGUCGGGGGCCACUGAAGCGGAUUUGUUAACCUUGAGCGAAAGUGACGAAGGUGAUCUCAACAAUGAUGAAUUUCCAGUGGCUACGAAACCCACUGUUCUCCACAAGUCUUCGGAUGCCAACUAUACAUCGCGAGAACUCUCGCUCAACGAUCUCUGUAUAGAAGAUUAUCGUAACGGAAACGAUGAAUACGCUAAAUUCCUGCCAAGAAACGUGUGCAUACGAUCUAGAUCCUUACCAACAACUAACUCGAGGAACACAAACUCUACAAGUUUCGAUGAUCAGCCACUAAAAACAGAGCUCAGUUGCAAUAAUAAUUAUUUGUCGCCCACUGAAAUGACUCUUUCUAGAGGCGAUAAGAUCAGUCAUUGUCCUGAGAAAAGUGCGGUUGGCCGCACUCCACCAAAGCCUGGGAAUAUGUUCACGAAGCUCACCGGACUCAUUGAACCUGCGUAUAAAAAUACGCGCGAGUCUAAGACCGACGUUUUAAAGGGGAUGGAGGAAGCUAAAAAUGCUGCUAAGAAUGCUGCUUAUUAUAAUGCCUUGAAAAUGCUUCGAACGGGAACAAUGAAUACGAAUUAUAACCAGUCUGGUAGCAUCAAUUCUCGUUUUAAUUAUGAUAUUAAAUCAGCCCCAGCUAAAACAAUCGCUUCUGCUGGGAGCUUCAAAUCUGAAAGCAUGUUUAGUGAUCGAUACACACACGUAUUAACUCCUGAAGAAAUGAAUGCACGGCGUGAAUGGGCAGAAAUGCAAAAGCGCAAAGCAAAAAUGAGGGAAGAUUUUUUUAGAAUCCCCUACGAAGAAUGCAACCGUGAAGUUAUUAUGGGCAGACUCGGAGGAAGGUUCAGUAAAUCAGAGCCCAAAUUGAACACUCUUAAAUCCGAAGUGAGGAAGAACCAGAUUAUAGUAAAAGAGAAUUCCAAGCGAGACUCGGCACCAAUAUGGAAAACCACCGUACGAUCGUUGAGCCCCGAUUUUUCAAGAAGAUAUUCUGGUUCAUUGGAUCGCAGUCAGCAAUCACAGAAUGUUGUAGAUCGAUCUUAUUUUGAAUCAGAUAACGCUAAGUGCAGCUUCAAUCGGCGUGAAGUUGACAGCUCUGCCAGUGACGAAGAUCGUAAUAUCGUCACUGAUAGCGAUAGCACGAGUGCGAAAAUUGUGUCAAGAACCAAUGAAUUGUUUGGUUACAUAAGCAAUACUUCAGUCGAACGCCCUCUUGAAGAUUCAGGCCGCAAAAAUUUAAAUGAAAUUUUCAAAAAAGUAAUGCAUAAUAACUCUAACUCACCACGACCCGUUCCGUUGCCUAGAAGCUCGAUAAGUUCUUUGGUCUCUGGUGAAAAAGCGGUCGAAGAAGAAAACGACGCCUCACAGAGAAUUGGCUCUCAGAAAACUACCACUGACAUUCGAAGGGAGACUGCGGAGCUACAGAUGAGAUGCAAUCUAGAUAAAUCGCAUCAUACAAUUUCCUUGACAAGCCAACAACAUCGAGCUGGGCCUAAUGUUAUCGUCACUCGUUAUAAAGUGCCUUCAAUUCCCUAUAAGGAACAGUGGGAGUGGACUCGUAAAUACCACCUCAAUGGCCUUUCGCUAGAGGCACAAAAUUUUGAAACCUCCAAGCCUAAUCGAAAUUUUUACGUGUUCAAUGGGAGCAAUCAGCCUGCUAAACUGGAAUCUUCAUCUCAAACUUCUCAUAAUAACUCAUCGUCUGAAGAUUCCACAAUUUUGUGUGCAAGUAAUCAUGUUUUCGAGAGCUCGGCUCAAUCUCCGUCUCCAUCGUCGGGCUACGAUUCCAGCGCCCAUGCUGGAUCACCCUCCCCUAUGCCGUCACCAGAUUAUAAUUUCAUGCAAACCGGACCUUACGAAUCGGAAACCAGCCAGAACUUUUUUUCCUCACCUCCUCGGGUGUGCAGCGUCAAAGACAAGUCUCGGGACAAAACUUCAACUCCCUGUAUUGAAAAUUACACAAUCUCGCCAUCCGUUCGUCGAAAGGCCUCCCGCGGGGACUCUUUCAGUUCGGACUACAUGAUCAGUCCAACUCUCGAUAACGACGACUGGAGCGAAAUUACUGUCACCCCUGCCUGCAAAUCUGCCGAUCAAGAUUGUUCAAGUACGUCAUCAUCGUCAGGCUGCUACUCUGGUGCUUCAUCCCCCACACCCUUGGCCUCAGGCGCCUCAGUGCCUUCACACAGACGCGUGGCAACCCACAGGCAACUGCCCACUGCGCUCUAAACGCGACCCUGCACGGAGCAACGUGGUCGGGACGGCAGCUCCAGGUGAACUUCGAGCUAACAUCCACCCUACUCGUCUGGACCUCUCAGAAACCAGAAUUGUUUUAAAACUUCGCAUUUUUGUCCUCUUCAUUUAUAUAAUGUUCACUUUCUUUGUUAUCACUGUGUGUAUAGAUGUUUUGCUAAAUUCCCGUCAAAUUUUUGCCGUUCAUAGUGCGCAUCCUCUAACUUAUAGAGAUGGUGCCACUCCAGUAACUAGAAUUGGUAUCAUGGUUUCCUUGUUGCUUUUAUCAGUAGUUUAUUAGGUUUGGUCUACUUUCUUUCAUUAUAUAUCAAAGAUGUAUAAUCACCUUGCUCCUUGACAAUUUUUGGACAUGUUAACCUUAUUUACAACAUAUGUUGACUGCAUUGAAUAUUCGCCUGCGUAUAAAAAAUUAGGAAAUUCAUAAAAAAAGUUGCGUAUAAAAUUUCCUGUUCGAGAUUAUAUUUCUCAUGCAAUUCCAUUCAAUUAAUUAUAACAACCGCGGCGCAUCUGUUGUUUAAAUUUCAGUGUCGAUACGGAGGUGACAAAUGCGUAAAAAUGGCGAAUGAUUUUAUGAAAUAAAUUUUUAAACAGUUGAAAAUGCAUUUGAAUAUUAAUGCAGUAUUAUAGGGAGUGGAUGAUGACCAAGGAUUUAUAGUGCUAAUGUGGCUUUUAAUACAACUAUGUUAUUUACCAUAUUAAAUAUUGAAACUGCUUCAUAGCAAAGGCUCCAUUCUAAUAUAAACUUAUUCAUUAAAUUAUGAAGUUAAUUCAUAAGAAAUAAACUCGCGCUGUCUUCUUAAACGUAUCUGAAACGAACGUAACUUCGUUUGCAAUGACAUUGGAAACGAAUUUGAAAUUUCAGCUAGUUACAUUGCAAAUGUAUUUUAUUAGAUGUGAUGAUUUUAUAAUUAAUCUAGUAGUUACAGCCGUGCUUUAGCACCUACUUAUGUAUCGUUGUUAUAUUAUAGCAUGUGACUGCGCGCGUGGUGCAGAGUUCCAUAUUGUCGUUUGUUGCCCCGCUAAUAGCGUUCACUGACUUGUACACCAAGAGCAUAUUGGGACUGACUGUUACAUGUCACCAUCUCCGGACCAAUUAUUAUCUGCGUCUUUCGCAUACUUAGCGAAACCACGAUUUUUUAGCAAAUAUUUUUGCAGUGAAAUUAUCAGCUUGUUAACCACAAGCGGUCGGCAGCCGCCAUGUUUCGCACGUCAAAAGGUAGGAUAUAUCGGUCCUCGUAUAUGGUGCUCGUUGAUCUGAUCUGAAUUUUUAAAUGAAUUGUGUCAGAUAAUUAUUAGAUUAGCAAAAUUUUUAAUAUUUUCAAAUAUAGUUUAUUUGAAUCAGGUAUCUUCCGGUUGAAGAUGAUCAAAUGCUACGACUUCAUUAUAGUUUUGGAACUCAUUUUUUACGUUACCUAUUAUCUUUUCCACCACUCUGGCUUUUCAUGAAUUUGAAAAAUAUCGAUCUCAGACAUGUUCUACUUGAAAAUAAUAAUAAAUAAGUUUUCCUGGGGCCACAUUUAAACUUGAAAUGACUUAUUUUUGUGUGUUUGAUCUGCAGUGGGUCGUGCAUUAGAAUUUAAUUCAAUGUAAUGACGAAUAUGUACGCUUGAUGAUUCCUAUUACCGCUCUUUUAUACUGAGCCUGUAGUGGUAGUGAGGCACUCGCCUGUAGUACGUAAGCUACCUUUAAGGCCAUCGAUCGUUUUUCGCUAGAAUUAGUAUUAUGCAGCACAGAUUUUACAGAGAAUACGUACGGCGUCUCUAUUUAAUUGUUUUGAAAAAUGUUCAA